AUGGGCGCCCUGACCAGCCGGCAGCACGCGGGCGUGGAGGAGGUGGACAUCCCGUCCAAUUCCGUGUACCGCUACCCGCCCAAGUCCGGAAGCUAUUUUGCCAACCACUUCAUCAUGGGAGGAGAGAAGUUCGACUCGGCUCACCCGGAAGGUUACCUGUUUGGAGAGAACAGCGACCUGAACUUCCUGGGCAACAGACCGGCAGCGUUUCCUUACGCUGCCCCCCCUCCCCAAGAACCAGUGAAGACUCUGAGAAGCCUGAUCAACAUUCGAAAGGACACACUGAGACUCGUCAAAUGUGCUGAGGAGGUCAAGACCCCUGGGGAAGAGGCCAGCAAAGCCAAAGUCCACUACAACGUGGAGUUCACCUUCGACACCGAUGCCCGCGUGGCCAUCACCAUCUACUACCAGGCCACCGAGGAGUUCCAGAACGGCGUUGCCAGCUACAUCCCCAAAGACAACAGCCUGCAGUCGGAGACGGUGCACUACAAGCGAGGGGUGUGUCAGCAGUUCUGCCUGCCCUCCCACACGGUGGACCCCUCCGAGUGGGCCGAAGAGGAGCUUGGCUUCGACCUGGACCGAGAGGUCUACCCGUUAGUGGUCCAAGCUGUGGUGGACGAAGGGGACGAGUAUUUUGGCCAUUGCCACGUGCUGCUAGGCACUUUUGAAAAGCACACGGAUGGGACUUUCUGCGCCAAGCCCCUCAAACAGAAGCAAGUGGUAGAUGGGGUCAGCUACCUCCUGCAGGAAAUCUACGGCAUCGAAAACAAGUACAACACGCAAGACUCCAAGGUGGCUGAGGAUGAAGUGAGUGACAACAGCGCUGAGUGCGUGGUGUGUCUCUCCGACGUCCGGGACACCUUGAUUCUGCCCUGUCGCCACCUCUGCCUCUGUAACACCUGUGCAGAUACCCUGCGCUACCAGGCCAACAACUGCCCCAUCUGCCGACUGCCCUUCCGGGCUCUGCUUCAGAUCCGAGCCAUGAGGAAGAAACUGGGGCCCUUGUCCCCAACCAGCUUCAACCCCAUCAUCUCCUCCCAGACAUCCGACUCGGACGAGCACUCGUCCUCAGAGAACAUUCCGCCAGGUUAUGAAGUGGUGUCUCUUCUGGAGGCCCUCAACGGGCCCCUCACCCCGUCCCCCGCGGCCCCUCCGCUCCACGCGCUGGGAGAUGGCCACCUCUCAGGAAUGCUGCCUGCCUACGGCAGCGAGGGCCACCUGCCCCCUGUCCGGAUGCUCUCCCCCCUCGACCGGCUGUCCGACUGCAGCAGCCAAGGACUCAAGCUCAAAAGGAGUCUCUCCAAGUCUGUCUCGCAGAACUCGUCCGUGCUGCACGAGGAGGAAGAUGAGCGUUCCUGCAGCGAGUCGGAGACGCGCCUGUCUCCGCGGCCGUCCGCUCCGCAGCUGGGAGAGGAAUGUGGCGUCACUCCAGACAGCGAGGAUCUUACCUUGUCGUCAGGAGCCGUCGACCAGUCGUCUUGCACGGGGACGCCCCUCUCCUCCACAGUCUCCUCGCCUGAAGACCCUGCCAGCAGCAGUCUGGCCCAGUCCGUCAUGUCCAUGGUGUCCUCCCAGAGCCAGCACUCCCAGAUCAGCACCGACACCGUCUCCUCCAUGUCCGGCUCCUGCGUCGCCCCCGGCACCGGCACCGGCACGGAGGACGAGGACGAGGGAGAGGCUGUCCCGUCCCCCCUGGCCGCCAGCAGGGCCGCCUCAGAGGAAGGAGAGGCGAUGCCAGCAGCCUCUCCGGACAGCAGCUUCGCCGGCCUCGCCGAAGAGCAGGAUGCAGAGGGCAACGAUGUCCUGGAGGAAGACGAUGGAUCGCCCACGCAGGAAGAUGGCCAGAGGACAUGCGCAUUUCUAGGUAUGGAGUGUGACAAUAACAAUGACUUUGACAUCGCAAGCGUGAAAGCACUGGACAAUAAGCUGUGCUCUGAGGUCUGCUUACCCGGCACCUGGCAGGCGGAUGACAACGUUGUCAGUCGUCGGAACGCGCAGCGCCGGCGCCUGUCGUCCGGCAGCCUGGAGGACUCCGAGAACAGGCCCUGCGUGUGGGGUCCUCUGGCCGUCUGAGCGCCCGCCCCCAUGCCAGAGCUCCCUCCUGUCCCCGAAUUCCAUCCUGGCCUCCUGGGCAUCCUCAUCAGGACACACGGACUGUUACACCCACGUGCAAGUCGGACGUUGAGGUCCUCCUGCUCCCAGCCUCGUCUCCUUCCACCGCCACGAUCCCUCCCCCUCAGAAGGGACAGGAAGCCUCCUUUCUCCUUCCUGGCUGGAGCCACUCGAUGAACCGCAGCUCAUGAGACCCUUGCAGAGACUCUGGAAUGUUGCCACUGUCUCUCGAUCUUCGGGUGGAGCCAAGGUCCACAGGCUGGCUGUUUCUCGAGCAUCUGUUUUCUCCUUAGGGCUAGACCAAGAAGACGUGGAGUCUUAGUAGCUGCAUUAUAGACACCCACCUGGCAAUUUCUGGUCUCUGGGACAUCCUAACCAAUUUGAAACCUCCAAUUUGCGGUAGGGUUGGGCGAGGGGUCCUGUGAGAAGGGGAAGCCACAUUGCACUGAGUGGCGUUCCCCUCAAGGACAGGAGGGAUGGUGGAACCAACAGGUUGCUUCUGGCAGGCGAGCUAGCCUCCUGUGUCUGUCUGUUUAGGAAGGGGGCUUUGAGUUUGAGAAUCCCCCAAUGAGUGACCACCCUCAGGAGGGUCUCAGGAUCAGGUGCGUUCGUGAAGACGUAGGACUCUAUCCUAAGGUGACAUUUCAAAAAAACACAUUCUUGACCACCUCCCUGUACCAGGCACAGUGUUAGGAGCUGUUUCAUCACUAUGGCCCUGUCAGGUGGUAUUCUUCUCCCUAUUUCCCCAUCUCCACCCCUUUUUGUUAAUAGUUGAAGAAAUUGGCUGAGAGGGGUGGUCCAGUGAUCCUCCAACUGGUGCCCGGGAGCCACCAAGGAAGUGGUGGGGAGCCCCGGGCUAGGAGCUUGGUGGCUGGAGCCAGGGCCUUCACCCCUGGGAGCCUCCCCAGCCCAUGUUUCCGUCCCCUGCCUUCCGAGGCUCCUGAGCCUGGUAGGGGGAGGGGAGGUAUUUGCCUUCCAUAGGCUCAUGAGAGACUUAGAGAGAUGGUUUGAAUCAUGUGCCCACCCUACCUCGGCCCAGCAUAAGGCACAUAAACAAUAGCUUGCAGCAGCCAGGCUAGACCAGACCACAGGCGGUUGGGUGCUUGUCCUCUGUCAACACUAGUACCAUGGAUUCCACAGAGCUCUUGGAUAGAUGGUUUAUCCACCGGCUUUCGGAAGAGGUGGUUAUUCAGUGGAACCCGGGAUUGGGAAGCAAAGUUGAAUACAACAAUUCGUGAGGCUGAGAUGUGCAGCCUCAGGCUCUGCCCAUCCUGAUGGCUUGUCUUAGUAUUUGGAAUUGUCACCCUAGAAGAGCUUCUCGGCGUCCUUUCUAAGGCCUUAGAGAGAGCCCAAUGCCAGGGGAUGCUUUGCACCUUCUGUGUGGCUCUUUGCACUGCCAGGCGGGUGGGGACCCUCACACUGUAGUUGUGGCUCACGUUCUGCCCUGGUCACGGGGGAAGCUGGUUCUGACAGAUGUGACACGAGCCAAGCCGAGUCUAAGCUUCUGUCUUGAGUUCCCGGCCACCCUCUCUGAAGUCCUACAGUGGGCUCUGCUGGUUCGGGCCUCAUUUCAUGUCCUUCCUUCCCCCCAGCAUUCCUUCAGCCCCCUUCAUAUUU